UCUGUGACGCGGAACGACCAGCCUUCCUGACGGACCUAGGCCAGCGAGUGCCGCGACUCCUAACUCCGGUGGGCGCGCUCCCACCGCGGCGGCGGCUCAAAACCCGCCCGCCUCCGCCUCCUGCCACUCCAGUCGAGACGACGCGGGGACUCCUCUCCGGACGUGGCUUGUUGGUUGGGUACCACCGUAUAAGCGGGCAGUUCAUCGUGAGAGGAACACCAGGCUAGAGGGAUGUUCUCCCUGUUCUAUGGCCUAUGGAAGUAUGUGUUUACCAAGGACGAGUUCCGUGUUCUUAUUCUUGGUGUCGAUAAGGCUGGCAAGACGACUUUGCUGGAGAAGCUGAAAUCAAUAUAUCUCAAGGGGGAAGGACUUCCACCUGAUCGGGUCGUUCCCACUGUUGGACUUAACAUUGGCCGCAUGGAAGAUGCAAAUGCAAAACUUGUUUUCUGGGAUCUGGGUGGUCAGGUUGGCCUACGUGCAAUCUGGGAGAAAUACUAUGAAGAGGCUCAUGCCAUUAUGUAUGUUAUUGAUGCUGCUACUGCAUCGUCAUUUGAAGAUGCCAAAUCUGCUCUGGAUAAGGUUAUUCGCCAUGAGCAUCUGAGAGGAGCACCGCUCUUGAUUGUUGCAAACAAACAGGAUUUACCCGGGGUCAUCAAUGAUGAAGAAUUGGCUCUGUUUCUGAAUCUUAAAGAGUUGGAUGAGAGGCCAUAUAUGUUUCAGGCUGUAUCCGCCUAUGAUGGGAGGGGGAUCAAAUCUGGAAUAGACUGGCUGGUGGAACAAAUGGAAAAAUGUAAACGUACAGAGACACUACGGGCUCGUGCUGGUGUAGCUGGACAAAUUUAGAAUAUUCGUAUGCAGCUGUCAUGUUUUGUUAAAGAACAAAGCAUUUCAGGUGAAGGCUUCUAUUGUACCGCAUAAGCAGCUGUUUGAAUUACAAGGAUCAUCGUUCGAAGCUGCCCAAGAGUGCUGAAAGAAAUAUUUGGUGCUCAACUCCUUAUGAUGUUGAUGGCGAGGGUGAUUUCGUUUGGUCUUUAAUGAGUUGGCAUUCUUCACAUUCUUCUGUACCUAAAGAUCGUGAGCAUACAUGUUUCUGUGAUGCUUUUCGUAUUAGGCUAGCAUCAGUAUAGAGGAUCAAAUGAGCCAUGAACUUCAUGUUCAUUGUAAAUGAGAAAACUGGAAAGAGCAACGAAGGAAUUCCAUGUCAUGCUUGUGGAAAUAAUUUCAGUGCAUAGCUUUGAAGUUCGGAUUUACAGUAAAUUCAGUUUCCUUUGUGCUAA